CCGUGUAACGUGAAAAUGCCGAAAGACAAAGAAAGUGGGCGUGAGAUGAGCGGCGUUGGUGGCCCGCUGCUCUGUAUCGGCGAUCUGCUCAGCGACGUCGCCGACGAUGGUGGCGUCGACAUUGAGCGUCGGCAGAGUCCUCCUCCUUCACCCCCAAUCGCGGCUUCCGUUGAUUCCCUCUCGCCCUAUGAUCUUCAGCAGCUCUUUCAGGAAAACUAUGAUUUGUUGAUUGAUUCAUUGUCGGGGACUGACCACUCAUGGACUUCUUCAACAUUAAAGUUAUGUGCUGCUUUAGAGAAAGCAGAUAAGCUGAUUCUCUCCGCUAAUUCAAGUACCAGCCUGCUGCUGGAAAAGAUUGAACUGCUUGAAAGCAUUUUGAAGCGUGGUGAUGCAGCCGUUAUUAAAGCUUUGGAAAUUGUACAAGCUGCCAAGGAAGCUGAACGACUUUAGAGCAUUAUCAGAUGGGAAAUUUUUUGCUAACAACUGAUUAAAAUGAGAAAGAAUAAGUUUCUCAUCAGACUUAGGCUUUGUUUGGGACGGCUUUUUUCUUGCUUCUUAAAGUGACUUUUUAGUACAAAAAUUAAAAUAUUUUACUAAAAAGCUGCUUUAAAAAACAGUAAGAAAGUCAUCUCAAACGAAGCCUAUUAAUUUCCCAUAGCCGUGUUGGAUUCCAAUGGCCAUUGCCAAUAAUUAUGUAAUGCGCUAAAGCUAAUUGUAUGACCUCUUUCGGUUUUCUCUGGUCACUUUGUU